UGGUCAUUGGUAAAAAUUACAACAGACUCUUGUCUGUCGCUUCAGUUAUGUUAAUGUGACAGUUUUUGCCAAGUUUUGUGUAGUUUUCUUAAUUUUUUUUAUAAAUACGUGAAAAAUGUUAUAUAAUGUUACGAAAUAAUUAAUUAUCUAGUAGUACGAUAUGUAUAUCAAUACUUCUAUGGUGCAUACAAGUCAUUACUAAUUCGGAGUGUUCAACUAUAACUAACCUCCUCUUCACAAGUAGCGACUACGUGACUUCGAAAUCUUGAGAAAUCAAUUUAAAAUGGAAAAAAAUAUGGCGUUCGCUAGUGGAAGUACUCAACCCUCGGCUCCUCCACCUUCGGCACCUCCUUCUUAUGAGGAGGCUGUUGAAAAUGCAGCUCGUGUAUCUCGGCAACCAAACAUUCCAGUAGCAAUUCCAUAUCCAGUGGGACCAUCUUCUAUGCCAAUGCCAUCUUCUAUGCCUCAUAACGCUCCUCAGAUAAUUCCAUCGAAUCAGACGACGGUGCCAUAUCCACCGAAUUAUUCUGGGCCCAGCGAAUCUAUGCCACAGCCACAAACACAAUAUAAUGCAAAUCCGAAUGCGGUGCCUCAACCGGAAGUCCGAGUUGUCUAUCAGCCAAUGAUUUAUUCUCUGAGUCCAAAUCCAACAAAAACAACGUGUCCCACUUGUCAUGCUAGUAUUAAAACUUCCACAAUGUCGGAUCAUCAGCGUUGUGCUCAUCUAUGCUGUAUCUUGCUCUGCUUAUUUGGGGGUGGACAAGGCGUACGAUGCUUAGGGAUGCUUGGUCGAACGACGGUGGGAAAGGCUGGUGGCGAUGGUGGUCUAGGUUGGGCGGAUUGCUGGCGAUGGCGACGGCCAUUUCCUGUCUUGUUGCCCCGUUUCCGGGCGCCUCGGCCAAUUCGGAAGCGAAGCGUCUCUACGACGACCUGCUGUCCAACUACAACCGCCUCAUCCGCCCCGUUGGCAACAACAGCGAUCGCCUCACUGUCAAAAUGGGACUACGCCUCUCCCAGCUCAUCGACGUUAACCUGAAGAACCAGAUCAUGACGACGAACGUUUGGGUGGAACAAGAGUGGAACGAUUACAAGCUGAAGUGGAACCCGGAUGAUUAUGGCGGUGUCGACACCCUCCACGUGCCGUCGGAGCAUAUAUGGUUGCCGGACAUUGUUCUUUACAACAACGCCGAUGGCAACUACGAGGUGACUAUUAUGACCAAGGCAAUUUUGCACCAUACGGGGAAGGUCGUGUGGAAACCGCCGGCCAUCUAUAAAUCAUUUUGCGAGAUCGACGUGGAGUAUUUCCCCUUUGACGAGCAGACUUGCUUCAUGAAGUUUGGUUCGUGGACUUACGACGGGUACACGGUCGACUUGCGACACCUCGCCCAGACCGAAGACUCGAACCAAAUCGAGGUCGGGAUCGACCUGACCGACUACUACAUUUCCGUCGAGUGGGACAUCAUAAAAGUGCCUGCCGUGAGGAACGAGGCGUUCUACAUAUGCUGCGAGGAGCCCUACCCCGAUAUCGUGUUCAAUAUCACCCUACGCCGCAAGACCCUCUUCUACACGGUGAACCUGAUCAUACCGUGCGUGGGCAUAUCUUUCCUCUCGGUGCUGGUGUUCUACCUGCCGAGCGACAGCGGGGAGAAGGUCUCGCUCUCGAUCUCGAUCCUGCUGUCGUUGACGGUGUUCUUCCUACUGCUCGCCGAGAUAAUACCGCCCACGUCGUUAACGGUGCCGUUGCUCGGCAAAUACCUACUGUUCACCAUGGUGCUGGUCACCCUCUCGGUGGUGGUGACGAUAGCCGUGCUGAACGUGAACUUUCGCUCGCCCGUCACCCACCGCAUGGCUAGGUGGGUGAGGGUGGUGUUCAUACAAGUGUUGCCGCGCUUCCUUCUCAUCGAGAGGCCGAAGAAGGACGAGGAGGAGGAGGAGGAGGAGGAGGUCGUGGUGGUUGGGAGGAACGGCGUUGCGGGGAUGAACGCCGACGGGGAGGCGGUGGACGGGGAGGGGGACGAGGACGAGGACGAGGACGACGACGACGACGACGUGGAGGCGGCCAACGGGAAACCGGCGGAGGGCAUGCUCACCGAUGUGUUCCAUGUACAAGAGACUGACAAGUACGACGCGUACUACGGCAACAGGUUCAGCGGGGAGUACGAGAUACCUGCCCACGGUCUGCCACCCUCGGCGACCAGAUACGACCUCGGCGCGGUGGCCACCGUGGGCACGACCGUAGCGCCCUGCUUCGAGGAGCCCCUACCCUCGCUCCCACUGCCGGGGGCUGACGACGACCUCUUCGGCCCGGCCAGCCCCGCAUACGUUCACGAGGACGUCAGCCCCACAUUCGAGAAGCCGUUGGUUCGCGAGAUCGAGAAGACCAUCGACGAUGCCAGGUUCAUCGCUCAGCACGCAAAGAACAAGGACAAGUUCGAGAGCGUGGAGGAGGACUGGAAAUACGUGGCGAUGGUGCUCGACCGGAUCUUCCUCUGGAUAUUCACGGUGGCCUGCGUGCUCGGCACGGUGUUGAUCAUUCUCCAGGCGCCGAGUCUCUACGAUACCACGAAGCCGAUCGACAUCAAGUACAGCAAGAUCGCGAAGAAGAAGAUGAUGCUGAUGAACAUGGGUCCCGAGGAGGACUAGUCGACGAUCCCGCGCGGCCCCGAGCCGCGUCCGCAGCGGCAGCUGCUUCAUCGUCGUCGCGAUUCUUGUUGCCGGCAUCGUCGUCGCCGCCGCCGUCGUCGCCGCCGUCGUCGCCGUCGUCGUCGUCGUCGUCGUCGUCGUCGUUGUCGUCGUCGUCGUUGUCGUUCUCGUCAUCAUCCUCGUCGCCGCCGUCGCCGUCGCCGCCGCUGUCACCAUAACCGUGGUCGUUGUCGUGGCCGUUGUCGUUCAAUGGCCGCCGCCCAUCAUCCAAACUGCCGAUUUUCGCGUCGACGCGCAACAGGACCCUCUCUCGACCGCUGCUGCCAGAGAUGAUCGGAUCAUCUCCACAGAAGGAGAGGAAACACGGCCAGGAAACAAUAUCGUUACGCGACAAGGAGUCGCGGAGACCAGUCGAGGAUUCCACGGAGGUGGCGUCGAUCUUUCCCUCUCCGAACUUGCGAGGACGGCGAUCUUAUCCUGUUUACGGAUUUCGAUCCUGAAACUGUUUUUUCGAGACUUGGAUACGAGUGUUGAGUAUUGAGAAGGGGAGGAAGGCGAGAGAGAGAGAGAGAGAGAGAGAAUGGCCGAACGAGUGGAUGAGGAA